UCUGUUUCACCUCAUUCCGUCAAACAUCAAACUUGUCAAAAGUACAUUGCUAAAAAUUGCGAUUGUGAUUGUUUGUUGUUUUACUUGUAAACUUGAUUUUUAUACUUAUUAAAUACAAAUUGUGAUAAAAAGAAUAAACAAUGGCUUCUCAAGUAUCAAGGACGAGUACCGGUGAAAGUUUUGAAAGGAAACUUCGUUACAGACAGAUUUUGGAGUAUCUUUCCAAUUUAGAAAAUGAAGCAGAUGACAAUAUCGACUGUAUGGAUAAGACCAGAGAUAUGGUCAAGGAGGCGAAGGCUCUGUUUGCAAAGUCAACUCUUGAUGAAAAAGUCAAGGAUCCAGGUGAGGAGUACCUGGACUCCCGCGUGAUGCGCGCAGCCAGUGACAUCACGGUGCGUUGCUCCGUGGCCGUCAGCUGUAAUGUCAACACGUACGACAGGCACGAGCUCGCCAAACAUAUUCAAGAGAACCCCCAGUUCUGGCAGUUCACGUUUCCCCUGGAGGUGCCCGUAGUGGGUAAUUUAUUCGGCACGUUUGCCCCGACGCCGCCGGAGCAGAGACCUCGCGUCCCUCGCAGACACGUCGAGAGGCAACAGGCUACACAGCUUAAAGAACCAGAGAAGGUGGACAGGUUAGAAAAACAAGAAGAAGGUUCAGCGAUGGUGAUGCGAGUGCACCGCUUUAUAAACAAAUGGUACAAGCAAAACCGUCGGCCGCUCAGCUACUUCCACGCCGUGCUCGACCCCACCAGCUUCAGUCGGAGCGUGGAGAAUAUCUACAAUGUCUCUUUCCUUGUCAGAGAUGGGAAGGUCUCUAUUACAUUAGAUAAGGACCACGGUCUGCCCUUCAUAACUCCUUUGUCGACGGAACAACAAGAAUUGAACAAAACUGAGGAGAAACAGUUCAUAGUAUCCAUUGAUAUGCGGAGGUGGCAGGAACUAGUCUCUGCGUUUGACAUAAACGAACCUCUAAUGGUGUUGAAGAAAUAAUUAGUUUAUGUUUAAUAAUAAAUAAUGACUGCACGGUUGGCCAACUGGCUGCCGUGCAAUGUGUCGCGGGUUCGA